GGCGACGGGUGGCCGCCUGGCAACGCCAGCGCGGGUUUGACGCCACCAACAGAGGACCUGCAGCAUCACUGAAGACCUUUGGAUUGAAAUACUUUCAAUUACCUGUACAGCCUCUACAGCAACAUCUUUUCGCUAUUAAGGAGCAACCAUGGAAGCCUUUUGCAGCUCAGAGGAGAUGGUUACAACAGCGACUCAGCUGUGGGCAAUGCUGGAUGACAUGGCCGAGAACAACCCUGAAAGUUAUCACCAGUUCAUGCAGCAGCAACUAAAGGAUGCAAAGCAGUAUUACGCUCCCCCAGAGCCAUGUAUGUGCCUGAAGACCUGCAUCUUGGAGCCUACCAGAACCUGCCUGUUCAUAAAUCUAUGCAGUUGGAAUAGGAUCCCUGCUCCCAAAUCAUCAUCAGAGCCAGUUCUGUUGAGUCCCGGCAAAAUGGAGGCACUAUCGGAUAAUUCAGAGAUCUACAGCAUCCUUGAUAUUGCGUACAAUCCAUCUGUUCUUGAGCGAGUCAAGGAUGACCCACCAGAGAAGGAUCGGUUGAUAAACAUGUCACUCACGUACAUUGAGGAACAUUAUAACAUCACUUUGUCCCACCCCUGUAGUGUGGCAAAAUUUAAACUGAAAGGAAGCCUUGAAAGGAUGAGGGAAAGCUUGAGAAGAGAACAGCCCCCGUUGGCUUUGUCCCAGAAGGACUCCAACAAAGAAGUGACACUCAGCCAACUGAGAAGCCUCAUGGCAGAGGACAACAGUGGCCUUAUUCUGCCACUGGAGAACCCCGCAUCUUCCAAAAAGCAUCUAAUUGAAGAGAUUUCCACUACAAACAGGCCAGAGGUGUACAAGCCUGCCUAUGAAAUCACUACCAAGAAGGAUGCAAAUGAGAAGCCCCUAGAAAUUGAACUAAAAAUUGAAUUGCCAGACGUUUGCUGUGUGUCUGAGUGUAACCUGAGUGUUUCUAAGGAUGAUGUCCUGAUUGAGUGCCUUGAAAAAUACAGACUGCAGGUGGAUCUUCCAGAGCCUGUGGAUGAAGAAACCACCUCAGCAACUUUUUAUAAGAAGAAGGGGGUCUUGCUCAUCACAAUGCCUGUGUACAAGGGAAAAUGACAUUAGCCAAUCCAUUGUGUGCGAAUACAUACACACCCCACUUCUCUUGAUACACUUACAUGUCCUCAUUCAGCACUUCCUAUUCAACAUUUUGUGCAGGUUAAUAUUAAGUGUACUGGUUUCAUGCCUGUAUUUUACACUUCUGAGUUUUAAGGCUGAAAUUCUUGCUGUCCUUUGGGGAUACAAAAACUGGGAGCAUGGUCUGGAGAAAAAUGCACUCCUAAGUACAUGUUUUAACAUUUACUCUGAACAUUGUUUUGAAGGCAGAGUUUCUACUGCAGUGUAACUGUUGAUUAACAAAGAAAUGAACUUUAUAUCUUGAAUAAUUCCCCCAUUAACUGA